UUUCUGUUUCUUUCUUCCUUUUUUCGGUUUCCCACCAUUUUACGUGAAGAAUAUCCCAGUUUUAUAGUGAUGAAGAACUGGAUGGGGAAGACUUACAACCAAGAAAUCAAUCAUCUUCCCAGUGUGUAAACUAGGUCUUGUCGGCUUAAUUGUACAAGAAAUGAAUCCAUAUAAGGAAUUCCAUGGACCAGCCACCAUCGUCGCAGGAUUCUUUGCGUUGAUGGCAUCAGUUCUCUCCCUGAUUUUGAUUUGUCAACAUCUAAGAUCGUAUAAUAAUCCUGCGGAGCAAAAGUGGAUUGUUGCUGUGCUUCUCAUGGUUCCUAUCUAUGCCAUUGAGUCAAUCAUAUCCUUGUCCAAUCCUAAGACUUCCCUAGCCUGUGACAUUUUGAGAAAUUGUUAUGAAGCAUAUGCGUUGUACGCUUUUGGGAGCUACCUCAUCGCCUGCCUUGGUGGAGAAGAAAGAGUUCUAGAACUAUUAGAAGAUAAAUCAACAAAUGUACUUAACAAACCACUGCUGGAAGGAAGAGAUACAGAACCAGAGUCACAUCCAAAAUCAUUCCGCGACUUCUUUCUAGACCCAUGUGCACUUGGAGAACAAUUGUUCUCAAUUAUUAAAUUUGGUCUUGUACAAUAUAUGAUCCUGAAGACAGUCUGUGCUUUCCUGGCUUUUGUUCUGGAGAUAUUUGGUGUAUAUGGUGACGGUCAGUUCAAGUGGCAUUAUGGGUACCCAUAUAUUACAAUUGUAUUGAACUUCAGUCAAAUGUGGGCACUGUAUUGCCUAGUUCAGUUUUAUAAUGUGACUCAUGAGAGACUUAAACCAAUUAAACCACUUGCAAAGUUCAUCAGCUUCAAGGCUAUUGUGUUUGCUACGUGGUGGCAAGGUGUAGGAAUUGCACUGCUAUGCGCACUUGGAGUUCUACCAAAAGAAGGAAAAGUUCAGACUGGUUUGCAAGAUUUCUUGAUCUGCAUUGAAAUGGCAAUUGCGGCAAUAGCCCAUGUGUGUGUCUUUUCUGCAAAAUCCUAUAAUUUCUUACCAGUAUCAGAGUACGGGAAAAUCAGUACUCGAACUGAGAAAACAUUGAUUAACUUAGAAAAGGAAGGUAAGGGCAAAGGACCAACUAUGAUAGAGAAGACUGAAACUGAGAUCAAAGCUCCUGGAACAAGCAUCACUGAGAGUGUUCAAGACAUUGUCGUCGAAGGUGGUCAGCAGGUGGUUGAAGAUGUAAAGCUGACCAUAAAUCAGGCAAUAGAACCUGUCGAGAAGGGCGUAACGAAGAUCCAAGAAAGCUUCCAUCAAAUAACAGUGGGUUCUGACGACAAGCAAGAGUCGGAUCUGGAGAUUGAGGAACACGUUGAGGACGAUGAACCAGGAAGCAAGUCUACUGUAGCAUCCCAAAAAUUGAGUGUCACCAAAUCUGUAGAUGAGACUUCUUGAUAUAUUGAUAGACUUCUUGAUAUAUAGAUACUUCUUUUCUUUCU